AUGGCCGCCGAGUUAAUUCAGCUGAACCCCGGACAACAGGUAGAAAGAUGGUCGAUCGAGAAGAAGUUGGGAGAAGGAGGAUUCGGAGCGGUUUAUCGUGUGUUCGAUGCCACUGGAAAAUACGCGAUGAAAGUUGAAGGGUGCAAUGAACAAAUUCAAGUGCUAAAGUUGGAAGUUUCUGUGCUCAAUGAGCUUUCGAAGCGUGGAAAUCGACAUUUCUGUAAGAUUGAGGACAAGGGAAAGUUUGGAAACUUCAAUUAUGUCGUCAUGACACUUGUCGGAAAAUCAUUGGCUGAUUUGAAUAAGGCUGGACCUGGUGGUCAUAUGACGAUGGGAUGCUCCAUUGGAAUCGGAAUUCAAUCUUUGGAGGCGUUGGAGGAUCUUCAUAACAUUGGAUACCUCCAUCGUGAUGUCAAGCCGGGUAACUACACUAUUGGACGUCCCGAGUUGAAUGAGGUCCGCAAGGUGUACAUUUUGGAUUUCGGAAUGUGCAGAAAGUAUACCGGAAACGAUGGAACUAUUCGUAAGCCGCGCCAAGCUGCUGGAUUCCGUGGAACUGUCAAAUAUGCUCCAAUCAGUUGUCACCUCCAAAGAGAGCUGUGUCGUAAGGAUGACUUGGAGACUUGGAUGUAUAUGCAAGUCGAACUUUCCUACGGAACUCUCCCAUGGCAACAUAUCACCGAUAUGGCGCAAGUUGGAGCGGCCAAGCAGAGUAUUCGCAACAACUUGACCACACUCUUCCCGCCUCCGUGUCCUCCACAAUUCCAAGAUAUCAUGAGAAUGGUUGAUCAGAUGAAGUAUUACGAUGCACCGAACUACCAAGCGAUUUAUGGAAUGAUGCGUUCGGCAUACGGCGUCUGUGGAUCCAAUGAAGCGGCUCCGUAUGAUUGGGAAGGAAACGGACCGGCGGCUUAUUUGCUCCGUUAG